UGUCAACUCAACGUCGUACGUGGCUACAGACAGACCCAAACAGUGUAAGAAGACUCCGCCAGGAAUGCAUCAGCAAAAUGCGGAGUCUACCGGUCAACACGUCAAAUACAGUCCCCGACGUUUGAAUCUCUAAGUUUUGCACAUGAAGCUUGAGGUGAAGGGCUUAAGGUUAAACUAAACCUGCGUUUGAAUUAUUUAUUUGACCCGUUAGCAUCAGCACAUUUCACGGUGCCAUUCUCUGAGGCACUCGUUUGUCUAUAGGAAGACAGCAUGGCUCAUAUCGAGUCCUCCUUCGAAUUUGGCUCAUCUUUGACCAGCUCUUCGCUGCCUCCCCCGCGGACUCGAAUCUUUAAGAUCAUCGUGAUAGGAGACUCUGGAGUUGGCAAGACUUGCCUCACCUAUAGAUUCUGUGCAGGCAAGUUUCCAGACAAAACUGAGGCCACUAUCGGGGUGGAUUUUCGGGAGAAGGUUAUUGAAAUAGACGGCGAGAAAAUCAAGGUCCAGUUGUGGGACACCGCAGGCCAGGAGCGCUUUCGAAAGAGUAUGGUGCAGCACUAUUACCGCAACGUCCACGCUGUGGUGUUUGUCUACGAUGUCACCAAUGCCGCUAGUUUCCGAAGUCUUCCGGCGUGGAUCGAGGAGUGCCGUCAGCAUGCCUUGGGCCAAGAGGUGCCUAGAAUCUUGGUCGGCAACAAAUGCGACCUGCGGCAUGCCGCUCAAGUAAGUACCGACGUAGCGCAGCAGUUCGCUGAUGCACACUCAAUGCCUCUGUUCGAGACCUCUGCGAAGAAUCCCUACGGAAACGACGACGGCGGUCGGAAUAAUAGUGACCACGUGGAGGCCAUUUUUAUGACAGUGGCGCACAAGCUGAAAUCUCAGAAGCCGCUGGUGUUAAGCCAACCACCGUGCGGAUCAGGAGAUACUGUCACUCUCAGGAGACAGGACGAGGAGGACAGGGGAACUUGGGGCUGUGGAUGUUGGAGGAGCUAAUGAAGGAAUCACCACGUUUUAAAGAAGCAGAUUCAGAGGUGCUUUUGUGUUAUCCAUGAAGGGUUGAGGACACAGGAACAUCUCUUCUCAAGAUUUCUUUUUGUAUCUGAUCUGGCUAUUAUUUUAAAGGGAAAAAACUUUCCUCCAUCACUCCAGAGGCUUUGAGAAGUUGCAUGUAGGCCCAUUUGCCUUACAUAUACAAGCUUCAUCUAUUAUGUGUCAGCCUGUCUAGUUCAUAUCAUAUGCCACUGCCAAUCAUGCACUACAUUUUCUAGAUUUUUGCAGUUCUGCAGGUGAAUUGAACAAUGAAAUCUUCGUGCAUAACAUGUUGCCUUUUUCAUCAUAUUUUUUAAACAAUUUUUGCCGCAAUUAGAUAAACUGUUCUGUUAAAUCUGGUUUAGUCUGUGUGUUUGUUGUUUGUUCUCUCAUUCUAUGUCACCCACACACAUGCAGACACUUCCUGUGAAAGUUGUCAGUUCUCUCAAGAGAAAAGAGAAACCGACGAACAAACACUUAAAUGCAGGUUAUUUAUUAGUGCUGCUAAUAGAUAUUAGACAAAUGUGAGAUGAAUUUAAAAGUAAAAUAAAGCUGAUAUACUUUUUUUUCCAAAAAAAGGAGCCAGUCCUAGUUCACUGCCAGUGUUUUAUUUAUUGUCAAUUUAUUUUCUUCUAGCAGCCAUUCAUCUGAAUAAAAUCUACUGUAAAGACAUCUAUCUGGGUUAUGCAUGAUAACCAGUCCUUCCUGUGAAUCAUGUCAAAAUGUAGAUAAGUUAGGUAAAAAGGGACAAGAAUUCGCUGACAAUAUCUACUUUAGUGUCCACAGCCAGGAUUUGUAUGUAGUACUGCUUUGUUAGGCAAAAUGAAAAUGAUCUGUACUGUAUAAUAACAGAUUAGUACCUCAUAUUAUUCAUGGCAUCUGCUCUGUGCAUGGCAUAAAUCUGAACAAAGGGUCUGAUAUCAGUCUAUAUUUCAGUAUGUAAUCUAUCAGUACAAAUAUACAGAUAUGCUAAUGGAUAAAUUCUUUCCCUUCGGCCAUCUUCUUUCCAACACUGAUAUGCAGAACAGAGUUCAAUCCAUUACAAGGAAUAUUCACUCAUGUCUUUAUGUAACCACAGCUGGUCCUGUGGAGUGCAUGAAAGAAGCUCAGACAUGACAUGCUUUAUUUGUUUUAUGGGGAAUUGCCAAAAAGAGGUUUUGCAUAUGAUUUCUGGUUAAUUUUUUGAAGUUGGUUAAGGGCCUGAUUAGCUGAUGCAUUGCGUUGUUUGAUUCGGGUACAAUAGGGGAGCAUGUGAUUAGUUGAGGAAUUGUGCACGGUUAAUGAUGGCUCUUAAAUAUUUAAAUGCAACAUGUUGAAUGCACACUAAGACUUGUCUAUUUGUGCUUAAUGUUUGACUCUGGGUGCUUACAGAAGGUUCAUAUCUAAUCUAUCUGCCAGAAACAACAUGAGCUUUGAUGAUUUUUGUAGGUUCAUGUUGAACUGGUCUUGAUAAAAACAUACUCUUGGUCUGGAUUCUCUCCACGGUUGUCUGUACUGAUUUUUCGCUUCACCCAAUGUACCAUUUUAAGUGUCCUUCAGAAUUUGUUUUUUUCUGUCUUCAUUAACACAUUAAUAACAUAGUUAACAAUGUGAAAUAUGAGCAGAUCUCAAAAAUCUACAAAA